GCCCCGCCCCGCCGCGCCGCUAGCGUCGGGCGGAAGGAGCGCGGGGGCCAGUCCCACGUGGUGGGGCUGCCCGGGAGCUCGGACCUGCUGCCCUCGGCCAGCAUCCACACCGUCCCUAUUCCGGUCUGGCCUGGCAGUGAGCUCCUUAAUCUGGGGGCUGCCCUGUGUCUCCUCCCGCUGUCGCCGCCCGUUGCCCCUAAACGGGGCGGGGCCUGCGGUGAGCUCGCUACCUGAGGACUGCCGGCAGUUGCAGAUAAAUUGUUGCCAUGGCUGCUGUUUAUUCUGGCAUUUCUGUUAAGCUUAGAAGCAAGACAACUUCCUGGGAAGAUAAACUAAAAUUAGCUCACUUUGCUUGGAUUUCCCACCAGUGCUUCCUUCCAAAUAAAGAACAGGUCUUACUUGAUUGGGCAAGACAGUCUUUGGUCGCCUUUUAUAAGAAAAAACUUGAACUGAAGGAAGACAUUGUUGAAAGGCUUUGGGCAUACAUAGAUAACAUUCUACACAGCAGAAAAUUGCAGAAUCUCUUCAAGAAUGGAAAGACAAUUGACCUUCAGAUUUCCCUAGUCAAGACCAUCAAUGAGAGAAUAACUGAGUUUUCUCUUUCGGGAUCCCAAAGAAACAUCUGUGCUGUGCUGAGCUGCUGCCAGGGCAUCCUCUCAGUGCCCGCCCUCGCUGUCAUCUACACAGCUAAACAGGAGCUGAUUGUGGCCUUGCUGAGCCACCUGUGCAGGCUGGCUUGUGGGCAGCUAGAAGGCACCGUGGUAGCCCAGUUAUUCGAGGUCAUUCACCUGGCCCUUGGCCAUUACCUCUUGAUCCAGAAGCAGCAGGUCAACCCACGGCGAGCCUUUGGGGAGGUGACUGGACACCUGCUGCAGCCCUGCCUAGUUCUGAGGCACUUACUUUCAGGGGGCACAUGGACACAGGCCAGUCAUGGUCAGCUGCGACCAACAUUGAGCAGGGAUGUUAGAAGUCAGCUUGAGGCCAUGCUUCGAGGUGGAAUUUUUCAGCCCGAGCUGCUCUCAUCCUACAAAGAGGAGCUCCUGGACCAUCAUCAAGGUGACACAAAGCUGGGGGCCAUGAAGAAUCUGCUAGCACCUUUGGAUACUGUGAUCGUCAGACUGGUAGAUACCAGUUACUGCGAACCAUCUCUUCAUGCUGCUGUUGUAGCCAGUUCAGUGGCUUUGCUAUAUAAACUCUUUCUAGAUUCUUAUUUUAAGGAUGGCAACCAGUUUCUCUGCUUCCAGGUGCUCCCCAGGUUGUUUGGCUGCUUGAGGAUUUCACAUUUGCAGGAAGAGCAGGUAAAAACCCUAACUACAUCAGAUUGGACCACAGAACUCCUGGUUGUGGAACAGUUGCUGAACUUGGUGACCACGCACAAUAUCUACAACAUUGCAGAGGACAGGAUCCGACACGGGGAGGCUCAGUUCCAUUUUUACCGCCGUUUGGCUGAGCUGCUCAUAAACCACUCACAGGCAUCCGUGCCGGCCUGGUUCCGCUGCCUCAAAGUUUUGAUGUCUCUGAAUCACUUGAUUUUAGAGCCAGAUCUGGAUGACCUGCUGGCUUCAGCGUGGAUCGAUGCAGAAGUAACAGAAUUUCGAAUCAAAAAGGCCCAGGAGAUGCUUAUUCACACUCUCUUCCAGACAUAUGCCAAACUCCGACAAGUGUCCCGAUUGUUUGAGAAAGUUUUGGGGGUGAUCUGUCUUCCAGCUGCUGAGGUGCUGAGGCAGCCAGUGCUGUCCUCGGGCCCCUCCACAGUACUCUCUGAGUGCCUCCUGGAGCUGCCUCUGAAUCAGAUCUUGGACACUUGGUGCCUGCUGCUGGAUCAGUUCCAGUCUUUGGUCCUGCCGUCUCUGGAGACAGAUGUGGAUAUGGCCCUAAAGUCGUUAACCCUGAGCUCCCUCCUACACUGCAUCAUGUUCAAUAUGAGGAGCCUGGACAGCAGCACGCCUCUGCCUGUUAUCAGACGAAUGCAGCGCACCAUGGAGAGGAUGCUCCGAGAGCUUGUAAAGCCCCUCCUGGGCCUUCUAGACCCGCAGGGCCCAGAGCCUGAGUUGUGGCUCCAGAAGGUCAGUGACUCUGCACUGCUGCUCGCUUAUACGUGGGCCCAGGUUGACACCAUGCUCAGUUUAAACUGCAGCCAGUAUCACUCUGUGGCUGAGGCCCUUCCAGGUGUUGAUUUGGAGAUCUCCGAACUCCCUUCAUUGCUCCCAGGUGUAGAAACACACCUUUGGGAGAAGAUAGAAACGUUGACAGCUCAAUUUGAUUCUCUCGGCAAGUAUUGCUUAGAACAACUCUAUCUGCAGAAAAUGAAGCGGACUUUAAUGCAUGCUAGUUUCCAGUCUGAAGGAGCCCUCCGCGCUUUGAGGUAUGAUGCUUCCUACAUCCUCGGUGCUGGCAGAGAGAGCUUGAGUUGUAGGGCAGCAGCUUCCUGGGAUGGCCAGGUCGGGACAGUGAGUACACUCACAUACCCUGUGGCACACUGGCACUUGAUUGUGUCAAAUCUUACAAUUUUGUUGUCCUAUCUUUGUCCAGAUGAUAUGAGCUACUUGGCGAGUGUCCUGCUAAGCACUCUACCUACAAGCAAAGCCCAGGAAGGCUCAGCUGAUGAGGAGCAACAUAUCACAAUUAAAAAAAUAUCCCAGGCCGUUUUUCACAGCCCUCUCUUUCCAGAAAUGCAGUCCCUUCACUCUGCUUUCUUAAUGUGCCUGUCUGCAAGGUGUACUAGCAUUCUGUGUUCUGGCGCCCAGAGGGGCCCACGUCGCCUCCACCAGCAGCUGCCCUGGCUUUUUGAAAAGGACCAUGUGGUUGUGACUCACUGGGAAAACAGAUUUGCAAAAGUUGGACCUGAAGGUGUAGAGACAAGGGGAGAAAUUGCCCAGAAUUUACUAUCCUUGAUCAAGAGUGACUUCCCCAUUCAGCUGGAGGGAGAAAAGUUAGAAAGCAUCCUGGAGCUUUUGGAAGUUACUUCUGCUCUACAACUGGACAGUCUCUCGACUCCCUACCACCUCCAUUAUUUUCUUCUGUUGCUCUCCAUGGCCAUUACGGAGUUCGGAGACUCUUGCUCGUCCUCACUCAUCCUGAAGUUUUUGAUGACUUGCUACCAGCUUCUGGGCUACCUACAAAGGGGGAAAAGUGCCCGCUCAGUGCUCAAGAUUAUGUAUGCUAGUGAUAUUUUUGAGAUUGUACUGAGCUCGUUGUUCAAAGCCAGUAGUAGAUUUCUCAUUGCUGUGGAGGACCCCUUUUGGUUGGAGUUCCUCCACAUGGUAGGAACAUUUUUAGAACAACUGAUGCGGAUGAUUGUCCAGAUAAAGUUGAACUUGGUGCUCAAUUUUGGGAAAAUCACUGCUUUCCUCUCACACUGCAAACUGUACGCUGAAGCAAUUUCAGGGAAACAGUUGGAACAUCAGAAUCUUCCGGGCAGGCAGCUCCUUCUGCUGUCUUUAACCAAGUUGUGCCAAGUCCUGGGGCCUUUUGUCAGAGAGCCGAAGCAGCAGCACGAGGUCCCGGAAGGGCUGCCGGAACUGUUGCAGCAGGCCCUUCUCCACACGGGAGCCCUGCUGGAGGUCUGCUCCGAGGGUGGGCCACAGCUACGGCGCCUUCCCGCCACCUCCAUCCCCUCGGUUGUCACUCUCUUAGAAGCACAUGUGGGCCCUGACUCCAGGCCCAGAGGGCUGGAGCUUUCCCCAAAGUCUGACAGCACGCUGCUCUCCCAGACCGCCCUCUACCAGGCCGUCUACUCCCAAAUGCUGUCAGAGUUGCCGCAUCUGGCGGGAAACAUUGCUUCUUUCCAGGCAGCUGUGCGCUUUUUGACUCUCUUCUUUUUGGCUCCAGAACUUCAUCCCAAGGAGGAUUCUGUUUUUACCUCCAUGUUUCAUUCUGUGAGAAAAGUUCUCACGGAUCCUGCAAUUCCAGCUCACGUAAUUCAAGAUCUUGAACCUCAUUUGGGAGCCUUGUUCGCCCAGAUGCUAGAGGGUGGGUCCACCGAGGACUUUCGGAUGGUGAUGCAGUGCGUUUUGCAAGGGCUAGACGUCAGGAACGCGUGGAAGGCAGAUGAGCAGACCAUUUUGUCAGCCAUUACAUUGGUCAAGUUGCUUCUGAACUGUCUGUCCAGUGGCAAGAAAGCAAGUAUGUUCUGGCGGGCAUGCCCCCAGGUCAUCACGGCUCUAACUCUGCAAACCCGAGAGGCUUGUCAGGAGCAGCCUGUGCCCCUCACUGUGGUUGGGCCUAUUUUGGAUGUCCUGGCUGUGCUGCUGAGGCAGGGGGAGGACACCAUCAGCAACCCACACCACGUCAGCCUGGCCUUCAGCAUCCUGCUGACAGUUCCUCUGGACCACUGGAAGCUGCCUGAGUAUGGGACCAUUUUCCAGAAGGUGCACAACGUGCUCUUUUCAGUCUUACAAUGUCACCCAAAGGUAAUGCUGAAAGCCAUCCCUUCCUUCUUGAGCUGUUUUAACAGAUUGGUGUCUUCAGUUAUUCAUGAAGGACGGCAGAAAGACAAAGGAAGCCCUGAUGACUUGCCAGUGAUCCUGGAGUGUGCCCGCCUGGUGGAAAGGAUGUACAGCCACAUCGCAGCACAGGCUGAAGAGUUCAAGGUCUUCUCCCCCUUCAUGGUGGCCCAGUAUGUCACAGAGGUGCAGAAGGUCACCUUGUACCCGGCGGUGAAGGGCCUUCUGCAGGAAGGCAUUUACCUCAUCCUGGACCUCUGCAUUGAGCCAGAUGUCCAAUUCCUACGGGUGUCACUGCAGCCAGGGCUGAGAGAUGCCUUUAAGGAGUUGCAUAAUGACUAUACGAAGUACCACAAGGCGAAGCAUGAAGGCGAGAGAAGAUACACAGCCUAGAGCUGUGUCCAGCAGCGUGGCAUGGUGGUGCGGUCUCGGCCCUGCAAGGUGGAGAAGGACUGUGCUCUCACAUCUCGUGGCUUGCACUGUUGAAAUUUGUGGAAAACGCCGUUGGAUUUAUAUGUUUAUAUUUUACAGUACAUCUUUUUGUACACUCAGUACUGUAACAGACUCCUGAAAAUGGACCCUGGAGGGAGGUGCAGUCAGUAAAGUUUGCUGCCUCUCUGCUGGCCGUCCCGGAUGUGCGCGCCGCUCCCUCCAUGCUACGGCCCUCUGCCCACUGGGUGGUGUGCAGAACUUGUUUUUUUACUUUAGGUAACUGGUGAUGUGACUCAGUUACAUUUAAGUAGCUUUGUUUUAACUUUCUUCAAAUACUCUGGGAAGUAUUCGUACACUGCCACUUUUUCUGCCUUCCCUCUGAGUGUGUUUCCCAGUGGCUUCCAGUACAGCUUUGUGACUGUUAGCCGAGGGUCCCUGCGCCAGGUGGGGAGGCGGGUCCCGGCAGGCGGGAAGGCUGCUCAGAGCAGGGCUGCGCUCUGUCUCUCCCGUUUGCUCCUCCUGCUUCCACUCAGUGAAGUUUUUUUUGGAAUUUUUUUCCUUCUAUACAGAGUGAAAAUAAUUAAAAAAAAUUUUUUUUAUUACUGACACAGUAUGUUUCAUUGUAGUAACGUCUGAAAAUAAACUAAAAGGGAAGAAAUUUAAAACUGUUUAGAAAGUGGCUGUCACCUCCUUGGGUACCUUGUUUUCAUGCCUUUGUGUUUGUGCAUAUGUGUAAAUAUAUAGUUGUGUAUAAAAUAUAAAGUUGCCAAAUUGGAU